AUUCGCUUAAUAAUGUCAAUUUUCAUUUUUCUCCCGCCGUCAUAUACACAGUGUAAAUAUUUACAGAUUAAAUGAAAAAUAUGUAAAAGAGAACAAGUUACUUUCCAUAAAUAUAAAAUUUUUAUAGUUGUGCAUUAUUUUAUUUUAUUUUUUCAUUUGGGUUUGAUUGAAUUCAUGAAUAUGGAGGAGGAAUUGUCAAAAGAUUGCCCAGAAACUGAAAAUAUUUACUCAGAUAUCAUUGAAUUUGAUCUGGGAACCGAAGUUGAAAAGCUCAAGGAAGAAAAUAGUCGACUCGAGGAUCAUAUAGACUCCUUACAACAGGACGUAGAAAAACUGGUAGAAGCCGUUAAAUGGCUAAAAACAUUACAAGAUAAUUUAGCCGAAAAUAUAUCUUCUUUGUUUCUCACUGCCCAAACUGAACUGGCACGUAAAGAUCGUAUAAUUGAAGAUUUACGGAGAAAACUGGAUGAUAUUAUUUUUCGACGUGAUGUAAGGAAAAGAAAACCCGAGUUAUACAGUUCCCCUGACCAUUUAUCCAAGCGAGCAAGAUUUGAUCCACCUAUCAAUGUAGCAGAUGACAGAAAAACAAUCCACGAGAAUAAUUCACAUGAUUACCGUGGACAUAACAAAAACAACUUUGAGAAAGAUAACAUUGAUCAUUUCAAUAUUGAAGAGAGGUCCAAUGUAGUUGACGAGUGGAAUGAUAGAGAUGGCAAACAUGAAAAUGAUAGUACAAACAGUAGAGCAAAGAGUUAUGGUCAAAACAACACAAGAAUGAAAAAUGGUAAUAUGUAUGAUAGAAAGGAAGAUCGUUACAUACACAGCAGGAAGGAGGAUUCAAGACGUGGAGAUAGAUAUUCAAAUCAUUAUAGACGUACUCAUGACAGAAAGGAAUUUCAAAGGACUGAAUCCUGUCAAUUACCAAG